AUGGCGACGAGCUUGCCACCAAUCCAGUUUAGCGCCUCGCGCCGUGCGCAGCUCGAUCACCAAUGCGACGACCUCAUUGACCGCGCGCUGAGCACGCAUGACAAAUUCCACGCGUCCCUGAGUCUAGGGGACUGGCAGCGCGUUCGUCGCCGCCACGCCAUGAAUGUCUAUCGCCCGCGCUCCAUACAUGGUCCCGAUGGUCCACGCGUGUUACUGGGUAGCGGGAUUGUGCCCGGUACACUGGAUGACGCACUAAACGGCGUGUAUUGCGACUCGACUGAGAGUCUCCGCAUCUGCAAGAGUCUGCUGAGCGACAAAUUUGUAGACGGGGCCGUACUACGAGUCUUUGAGGCACGCGACCUCCGCGCGUCCAUUGUGUUUGCCGGUAUCAAGUGGUUUGUUAUGCGGGGCCUGGCUGGAACCAGUGGAUUGCUGAGUGACAAGGAUAUGCUCACAUAUGAGCGUAUGGGACGCAUUAGAGACCGCAACGGACAGUACUUUGCCUACCACGUUCUACAGUCAAUUGACCUGCCAGAACGCCCGGCGAACCGAGAACGAGGCCUGCAACGUGUGGAUGUAUCGUGGUGCUAUCUGUAUCGCCAGCUGAGUCCGGAUUGGCUUGGUGUUUUCAUGCUGGGAGACUUGAACUUCGACACGGUGAUACCAGUCAGUAUCUCGAGUUUUAUUGCAGCAGAGAGGGUGCUCAGUGCUGGGAACUUCCUGCGCAGUGCACGGGCCAAGCACUUCUCGGCGUUGAUGGCCAAUAGCACGGAGAAGAGCCCAGAAAAGGGGGCUCCACACUGUGCAGUGUGUAUGUCUCCGCCGCCAAAGAUGAUGGGGUUUUCGCACAAAAUUUGCAUGGGUUGCCGGCAACAAGUUUGUCGGAAAUGUCGUAAACGUCGCCAUGUUUUCCGCUUGCAGUUGCGUUCGGGAAAACCUGCGACAGAGUAUUUUUGUAAAUUGUGUGUGGACAAAGUCACUCUUACAUGUAGGAGCGGAGCAAAGAGCAGUGCAGGCCUCGAGGGGGUGCAUGAAGUGUUGAAUGGGUCGCGUUUAGGUUCUUCUCGUUCAGGUGACCAGUCUAAGACGGAGUGGUCAGCAUCCAGCUCAGGGAUCGACGCGUCUAUACGCCUUGGCAAAUUGGCGGAAUUCACGCGUCAGUGCCACGACAGCAUCGCGAGGAAGGAAGAUAUGAUCGCGUGGAACCAAGAGGAAUUGCUGGAGAUCUCGCAGUAUCUCGAGAGCUCGAGCAGUCGGUCACGUCGUCGCGAACGUCGGAGAUCAGGGUCUGGUCAGCACACUAACUCGAGUCAGAGCUCACGUCGUCGACAUUACAGUGGCGAGAACUCGAGCAGCUCGGCGACUUCCGCUGGGCGGAAGGAGUCGCCCAUACACGAUAAACAUUACGAUUACUCUGACAGCCCCACGGCCGAGAACUACGGGGAGAAGGAUAAAUUCUUCGAAGAAGAGUCGGUAGAGUCUGGACCGUGGACGGAGUGUCUGCCGACCGAGCGCUCUGGUAACUGGGCUGUCGUGUUCGACGAGGAUCGACAGGAGUAUGUGCGGAUUCGAGACAACCCACGAGCGAUCUGUAUUGAUGAGCUGGAUUGA